AUGGACAAUUCAGAAAGGUUUAUGGAACAACCCCAGGGGCAAACAAUCUCUAAUAUAUAUCAAGGGUUUCAUUUCCAGGAUACGUGUGACCUCCUAGCUCUGAGAGGUUUGGAGCAAGAGACAGGGGUUAAUAUUGUAAAUGAUCAAACUACUUUGCAUAAGAAAUACAAAAAUCCCUCCACUUUCUACCCCAUUCAGAGCAGGGGAAACACUAUAGAAACCUUCUAUAGAAGAGUAGAGGCGGAUUUAAGAACACUUAAUCACACAAAGAAACCUGUUAAGAGUAACCUAAACAUACAUGAACAACAGGCCCUGAGAUCACUGAGUGACAAUAUGAAUAUUGUCAUAAAGCAGGCGGAUAAGGGGUGCUCCGUAGUCGUCAUGAAUAGGUCAAGCUAUAUUGCUGAGGCCUUGAGGCAAUUGGAAGAUACCAGCAGUUACACGAAGCUUAGGGGUGACCCAACUAAUGUGUUUCAGCGACAACUUAUGCACCUUUUGGAUGGGGCUUUGGAAGAAGGCUUUAUUGACAAUGAUACGUGUCAAUAUUUAUAUGUUAAACACCCUGUCAUUCCGAUAUUCCAUCACCUGCCUAAGGUGCAUAAAACUAUAGAAAAUGUACAAGGUAGGCCAAUAGUUAGCGGAAUAGGAUCCAUGCUAGAACAUCUUUCGGAGUGGCUUGAUGAUUUACUGCAGCCACUUGUUAUUGCCCUGCGUAGCUAUAUUAGGGAUACAAAACAUGUUCUAAACAUGAUUGACCAAAUAGAGUGGACACGGGAUUCUGUGUGGCUCACCGUGGAUGUUACUGCACUGUACUCUUCUAUUCCCCAUCAUCUAGGUUUGAAGGCCAUUGAAUACUUUCUAAUUCAUGAAACAACACACAACGAUUUGUUGUUUGUUUGGGACAGCGAGAGAUAUUCAGUAGAUGAGUUUGUGAAAUACCUUGGGCAGAAUGAUUUCAAUCUGCGCUUCACUCAUGAAACAAACAAACAAAGAAUUCAUUAUUUGGAUGUUGAGCUCAGAGGCUGGCAGUCAGUAAUAAUCCCUGCACUUAACAUGGAACAGUUCUGUUUAAACGGUCACAAUCCAAACCCAAAAUCAGUUAUUUUAUGUACAAUACAGAAACCAGUGGUCACUUUGUCUUUUUUACACCUGCAGGAGUUCUGCGUUAACCCAACAUUUAUCGAGAGUGGAGCGGCUACAACUGAUAUUUGCCAAGGCGACCUGGGUGACUGCUGGCUGUUGUCGUCCAUUUCCUCUCUCACUCGCUCGCCUGCGCUCCUCUCUCGAGUGGUUCCUCAAGGUCAGAGCUUCUGUCGGACUGAUGGAUACUGCGGCAUUUUUCACUUCAUGUUAUGGCGUUUCGGUUCCUGGGUGGACGUUGUUGUGGAUGAUAGACUCCCCACAAAGAAAGGGAGACUUGUGUACACUAAAAGCGACACUCGUGGCGAGAUGUGGAGCGCGUUGUUGGAGAAGGCUUAUGCAAAGGUGUGCGGGGGGUACCUUGCCCUGCAGGGAGGGACCAUUGCAGAUGCCCUGGAAGAUUUCACUGGUGGGAUAGCAGAGUGUGUGAGUCUGAAGGGGCACUCAGCGGAAGAGGCCUGGGACAUGGUCAGCCAAUCAGAGAAUGGGACAGUUCUUAUGGCGUGUUAUAUACAGGCCCCCAGCCCCUCUGAAGUGGGAUAUGUUAACGAUGAUGGGUUAGUGCUCGGUCACGCAUACUCAGUGAUAGGCGCUAAUAAAGUGACUUCGUCCUCUGGUGAAGUGUCUCUCUUACGUCUCAGGAACCCGUGGGGCUUUACUGAGUAUAAAGGACCCUGGAGUGAUAGGUCGUCAGAGUGGGCGUCUGUCUUACAUAAUGACCAGAAGUUAAAUUUGCUGAAGGAAGACGGAGAGUUUUGGAUGUCCAUAGAGGAAUUCUGCCGAAUCUUCUCCUGGCUUGUACUCUGCAGAGUCAACCUGGACUCGGCCCAGUGGAGUGUUACUAACCUGAGGGGCUGCUGGGAAAAAGGUGUUAGUGCCGGAGGUGGCCGGAGACUGAAGUCUUUCUUCAAUAACCCACAAUUCCGUCUGCGUUUGAAUGGAGAAUCCACUAGUGAUGAGGACCCUGAAGAGGAUGAGGACUUGGUACAGAAGCCUCAGCAAGUUCUAAUACAGCUGUUCCAGCUGGACAGACAGAUGAAGAGGGCUCACAUCGCGUGUCACCUCUACAGGGUACCUGAGGAACUGGUGUCCCGUCCUCGGAUGGACCGAGGUUUUUUCACACGAAAUCGCCCUGUGAGGGACUCAGGUGACUCUCAGAAUAGCCGGAGUGUCACCAUACGAGCGUCUCUGUUACCUGGAGUGUACGUCAUCAUUCCUUCCACUCAUGAUCCUAACGAGGAGGGUGAAUUCUACAUCAGAGUGUGCAAGAACUCUGGGUCAGAGAUAGGGAGUCCAGUGUAGUCCUCUCCUCCGGCAGCUGACUCUGCGCCUGUUAUUGCCGAGUGCGUCCUCCUGAAACACACACAAUGCUUACACACUGAUACACAUACAAUGCUUACACACUGAUACACACGCAAUGCUUACACACUGAUACACACACACACAAUGCUUACACACUGAUACACACACAAUGCUUACACACUGAUACACACACACACACACAAUACUUACACACUGAUAUACACACACACACACACACAAUACUUACACACUGAUACACACACAAUACUUACACACUGAUAUACACACAAUACUUAUACACACAAUACUUAGACACUGAUACACACACCAUGCUUACACACUGAUACACAUGCAAUGCUUACACACUGAUACACACAAUGCUUACACACUGAUACACACACAAUGCUUACACACUGAUACACACACAAUGCUUACACACUGAUACACACACAAUGCUUACACACUGAUACACACACACAAUACUUACACACUGAUACACACACACACAAUACUUACACACUGAUACACACACACAAUACUUACACACUGAUACACACACACACAAUACUUACACACUGAUACACACACACAAUACUUACACACUGAUAUACACACAAUACUUAUACACACAAUACUUAGACACUGAUACACACACAAUGCUUACACACUGAUACACACGCAAUGCUUACACACUGAUACACACAAUGCUUACACACUGAUACACACAAUGCUUACACACUAAUACACACGCACACAGAUACUGCUUGCACACUAAUACAUACAUAUUCACAUAAUACUGGUGAUACACACAAAAUGCUUGCACACUAAUACACACGCACACAGAUACUGCUUGCACACUAAUACAUACAUAUUCACAUAAUACUGGUGAUACACACAAAAUGCUUGCACACUAAUACACACGCACACAAUGCUUACACACUAAUACACACACAAUGCUUACACACUAAUAUACACACAAUGCUUACACACUGAUACACACACACACAAUGCUUACACACUGAUACACACACAAUGCUUACACACUGAUACACACACACACACACAAUACUUACACACUGAUAUACACACACACACAAUACUUACACACUGAUACACACACACACAAUACUUACACACUGAUAUACACACAAUACUUAUACACACAAUACUUAGACACUGAUACACACACAAUGCUUACACACUGAUACACAUGCAAUGCGUACACACUGAUACACACAAUGCUUACACACUGAUACACACACAAUGCUUACACACUGAUACACACACAAUGCUUACACACUGAUACACACACAAUGCUUACACACUGAUACACACACACAAUACUUACACACUGAUAUACACACACAAUACUUACACACUGAUACACACACACACACAAUACUUACACACUGAUACACACACACAAUACUUACACACUGAUAUACACACAAUACUUAUACACACAAUACUUAGACACUGAUACACACACAAUGCUUACACACUGAUACACACGCAAUGCUUACACACUGAUACACACAAUGCUUACACACUGAUACACACAAUGCUUACACACUAAUACACACGCACACAGAUACUGCUUGCACACUAAUACAUACAUAUUCACAUAAUACUGGUGAUACACACAAAAUGCUUGCACACUAAUACACACGCACACAGAUACUGCUUGCACACUAAUACAUACAUAUUCACAUAAUACUGGUGAUACACACAAAAUGCUUGCACACUAAUACACACGCACACAGAUACUGCUUGCACUAAUACAUACAUAUUCACAUAAUACUGGUGAUACACAUAAAAUGCUUGUACAGUAAUACACACGCACACACAAUGCUUACACACUAAUACACACACACACACACAGAUACUGCUUGCACACUAAUACAUACAUAUUCACAUAAUACUGGUGAUAUACACAAAAUGCUUGCACACUA